AUGAAUUCAACAUUAAGGCUAACUCUUGCCUAUGUAGCAGGAGGGCUGACUUUAUGGCCAUUGAUCCUGUUCGUGAAGAACGUAGCCUUUGACCUGAGUGUUUUGAGCUUCGAGGAUUCUAUACACAAAUUAUGCCAGCUAGCAAUCACCUACAUACUGGGAGGAUUGACUUUUUUGCCCAUCACACUCAUGAUUGGAUGGCACUUGAUACCACGGGCUCCAGAGAGUGCUGAACAACAGAGGGAGCUCGAGGAAGCAAAACAGAAGGAAGAAAGCAAGGCUAAAGGGGAACCAGAAGGCUAUAGAAGUCUGAUGGCAGGACAGGUUUUGGAGAAAGAAAGCUCGGACCUGAAGACGUACCACGAAGGAUGGCUGACUGUCACACGAGAAUAUUAUCAAUUUCCACAAAUUGACUGGAGCGAGUUCCAGACACAAGCUUCUUCAGGUAAUUCGCUAGGUGCCGAGCAGGCCAGCAGCCAACCAGCCCCAAAAAGUGGUAACUUUUUGAAAAUGGUUAAAGGAAACAAAUCUGUGCCUGCCAAUGCGGAGGAGCCCAAACAGGACACAACAUCACUCGAUGCCAAGAAGCUGAAAGCAAUCAGAAAGAAGAACAGGUAUUACGCGGUUUUAAAACAUGGCAAUCUGUUUCUAUAUGAUGAUGAAGCAAAGAAGAACGUCCAGCACGUGAUUGUGCUAUCGAACCAUGUGAUAGGAAUCUGGCCUAGAGAACUCAAGGAUGGCCAGCUUUUCACGAAGAAAGCUGCAAUCUGUAUAUUCAAGAAAGAUUCAGAGCCCAGCCGUACUGCUCCUCAUGCCACAUCUCCUGAGCCAGAAAACCUGCUAGAUAUUUUGCAAGGGAAAGUGAGUUUGGAAACUCCGCCAAAAGACACGUUUUUCCUUUAUGCAGACCGCAAUACUCAAAAGGAGGACUGGUACUUUGCAUUACUCAGAGCAACAACCAAAGACGUCCCUAAAUCAGGCACUGCCAAAGACCUGCUCGAACCGUCAUUUAUGGCUCGAACAUUACACUUCAUGACCGCAGAUAUGAUUGAUCUGAUUCAGACCAUCAAUUCUUCGGAGGGUCAAUUGACUACGCAAUGGCUGAAUGCCCUGAUAGGUCGUCUUUUCCUAAGCUACUAUAGAACCGAGGAAUUCAAAGAGCUUAUAAAAAAGAAAAUUGAUGAACGUCUCAAAAAGAUCAGAACGCCAGACUUUCUGGACGACCUGCAAAUCAAAAAGAUAGACGUCGGACACUCUGCCCCUUUUUUGACGUUUCCUAAGUUGCAAAAUUUGACUCCUGAGGGUGACCUUAGUCUUCAGUGUCAUGUGCUUUACCAAGGUGGUCUAGUGCUAGAAGUUGCCUCUAAAGUAUUCUUGAACCUUGGAACGAGGUUCAAGCAGAGGGAAUUUGAUAUCAACCUGAAAAUUGUGAUGAAAAAACUGGAAGGAGACAUUUUGCUUAGGAUGAAGCCCCCUCCAACCAACAGAUUAUGGUACGGGUUCACAAAAAUGCCCGAGUUCGAUAUGGUGAUUGAACCAGUGGUCAGUUCCCGUGCUCUGAACUACAAUCUUAUCACAAACAUCAUUACCAACAGGUUCAAGGAAGCAUUGGGAAAGACUCUAGUGUUACCAUUCAUGGACGAUCUUGUGUUUUAUAAAACAGAAGGCGAGAUCUUCAAAGGUGGUAUUUGGGACAAAUCUUUAAGGCCUCCUUCGGCGGCUGGUACACCACAGCAAACUCACCCAGUUCCGCCACCAUUACCAUCAAGGGAACUUAAGACGGAGGAACUGGAAAUGGACGACAUUGUCUUAGAAGAAGACGAAAGCUCGUCUCUCAACAACUCUUUUAAAGGAAGCACCAAGGAGUCUAUCAGAGACGACAACACUUCUGAAGCAGCCCAGUCAUCGACGAAUAACUACGCUCCAGACAGCAGCUCCGUAUUGACCACAGGGUCUGGAGGAUCGUCCUCUUCUGCGACAAACACAGCCAAAUACAAAGAUAGAGCCUCAAUGCUUUCGAAAAAGUUUCUGUCAAUCAACAAAGGUUUGUCGCUGGAUAGUACUGUUUCAGAUAGUAUUUCUGAAGGUGCUGUUGGGGACGAUCAGGCCAAGUCACUGGCCACAUCCUACUCCAAGCUCAAAGGACUGUACUCUUCAACAAAACAAAAAUUAUCUGAAAAACAAUCCACCACAAGUCUCAAAGAAAUCAAUUACUCACCUCCUGAAAUGAUUUCCAACCGUCGAGUUAUUAAAAAGACAUUACGCGCUGAAAACGAUCAACCAGCAGUUCAUAAACGACAACCAUCUGUCGAGAUGUUUGCCAAAACAGAGAAAACAAGCACAGAGUCAAUCGGUGCACUGGCCUAUGAUGAGCAGCAGCCAAAGACCCCAACAAGUCCAGCCAUGUUCAUUAACGAAAGAUACAGAAGCAGUUCGGUGAGUAAACCUGUCUCGCCAUCAUCGUUAACAACUCCUCAAAAACUGAGGCUUAGUGACCAAGACAGAGAUGAAGAGGCCGAAGAGAGGUUGCACGCAGAUGAGAAUGUGUAUUCGGGACCAUUAACUGAAAGCACGAGCGCAGAUUCUGACCACGAGACCCUGGAUUUUCCAUCAGCUACCAAAUUGACAAACACUGGCCCAGCCCUAUCCAGGGUGCCGCCACCACUUCCAGAACGCCGAUAG